CGCAAUCCUCCUUCACAGUUACCGCGACGUCGGGAUGUUUGCGGUGCUAAGACCAGCAGUUAGACGACGAACAGCAUCUUGUCUCCAGCAUCUUCAUGAAGGACUCGCACGGAGAAGAAUAUCGGAAGCCAUAGCAAAGCCAAAUCAGAUCAGGCAUAUAUCCUCCAGUGCCCCAACUAGGGCACAGUACGUCAAGUUUAAGGGCGGACAUAACUCGUCUUGGUCUAAUCCAUCACAAUGGUCGACUCAACAACGACUUUUGGUGGCUGUUGGUACAGGCCUAACGGUUUAUUAUGUGUCACAUCUCGAGCGUGUACCAGAGACCGGUCGAUGGAGAUUUAUCGAUUCUAAUCCGAAGAUGGAGACCAAGCUAGGCGAAUAUAUGCACCAGGAACUUGUUCAGGAGUUCCGCGGCAAGAUACUACCGCCGAAUCAUCCACUUACGCUCCAGAUCCGCAAGGUCGUCGAACGCAUCCUCACCGCUAAUGAUCUGGGACAUCUGAAGGGAUCGGAACCGUCGGUGACCCUACCGCAAUUGCUCUCUCAGGCAUUACCCGGAUUAGGUGCCCACGAUGAGAGCGGAGGAUGGGAUCCGUAUUUGAAUCGGGGGGCCAACGAUGUUGCCCCAGGUACCGGUGGUGGAGGGCGCGAGUGGAACCUCCUGGUCGUGAACGAUCCGAACGUGGUUAAUGCUAUGGCUACCUAUGGUGAUAUAGUGGUGUUUACUGGCUUAUUGCCAGUCACCAAGGACGAGCAAGGUUUAGCCGCCGUCAUCGGGCACGAAAUCGGGCAUUGCGUUGCUCGUCACACGUCGGAGCGAUAUUCUCGGUCGCGUAUCCUGCUCGCCAUCACGACGUUAGUAGCCGCCGCCCUGGGGACCGACUUCGGUAUAGCCAACAUUGCCACCAAGCUUCUCUUGGACCUGCCGAACUCACGAGCACAGGAACUUGAAGCGGACCUCAUUGGCCUCCGCCUAUGUUCUAAGGCGUGCUACGAUCCGCGAGCUGCUCCACGAGUACAAGCGGCCCUGGCAGACCUCGAACGAAAACACCCAGGCGCGCUCAGAAUUGACUUGCUUGCGACGCAUCCCAAAUCUGAUCGCCGGGCUCAGAUCUUAGAGCAACACCUGCCUGAAGCUUACGCAAUGCAGGCGGCGUCGCCCGCGUGCGCAGGAUUACAAGCCGAGCUGGACGCCUUCAGACAUGCAUACGGAUUUAGCGGCGCUACGGGAGACGCAGGGCAAUUUGAGCCUGUCAGUCGAUGGUGAACACGAGGAGACGGGUUCACGGGCGGGGCCGACAGACAAGCACUGCCGUUUCCUGUUCUAACGGGACAGUCACAGAGAACGAAAAUCGAUGAUGCAUGCCGGUCUCGUAUGCCAAGACUGGCAUCAACCGCCUAAGAAGCCUCGCAUCGGCGGUAGACCCGACAUCCCUCACGUCCCUCUUCUGGUUAUGUUCUGGAUUGAAACCGGAUAGAAUGAGAUGGAACGACAAUGGAACGCUCGUUCACUGCGAUACCCGGCCGCCGCACCUGUCCUUGUUACCGGGACAGUGCAUGUCACCGUCACAUGGCUGCCGUUCGACAUAUCGAUCUGCUUCUCGACCCUCUCCCGCGACAGAGAACAAAAGUCCGAUACCAGAAUCAUCAAAGCCCCAAGCAAGGUUAGCACACGACCCCAACCUUCUCGCCUUCCUUCCAAGGUUCCUUCCUCUU